AUGAAGACCCUCCUCCUCCUCCUCGCCGUGCUCUGCCUCGCCGUGGCCAGCGGGUUGAAGAGGGUGACCCUGACACGGCACCGUUCCCUGCGGAAGCUGCUGCGGGACCGGGGGCAGCUCUCCCACUUCUGGAAAGCCCACAAGCUCGACAUGGUCCAGUACAGGGAGGACUGCUCUGCCUUCACAGAGGCCAGCGAGCCCCUCAUCAACUACCUGGACAUGGAAUAUUUUGGGCAGAUCUCCAUCGGGACCCCGCCCCAGAACUUCACCGUGAUAUUCGACACGGGCUCCUCCAACCUCUGGGUGCCCUCCGUCUACUGUGUCAGCAAAGCCUGCACUCAGCACGCCAGGUUCCAGCCCUCGCAGUCCAGCACCUACCAGGUGGUAGGAACCCCCUUCUCCAUCCAGUAUGGGACUGGCAGUCUGACAGGGAUCAUUGGAUCUGACCAAGUAGUCGUCGAGGGCCUCACUGUGAGCAACCAGCAGUUUGCAGAGAGCAUCAGUGAGCCAGGAAAAGCCUUUGUGGAUGCCGAGUUCGAUGGGAUCCUGGGGCUGGCUUACCCCUCGCUGGCCGUGGAUGGGGUCACCCCUGUCUUUGACAACAUGAUGGCACAAAAUCUGGUGGAGCUGCCCAUGUUCUCCAUCUACAUGAGCUCGAACCCCGAAUCCUCCAUGGGAGGAGAGCUGAUCUUUGGUGGCUUUGACCCCUCUCGCUUCACAGGGACCCUGAACUGGGUGCCAGUCACCCAGCAAGGGUACUGGCAGAUCCAGCUGGACAACAUCCAGGUGGGGGGGACAGUCGUGUUCUGUGCUGACGGCUGCCAGGCCAUCGUGGACACCGGCACAUCGCUCAUCACAGGUCCCACCAAGGAUGCAAAAGAAAUGCAGAGCUACAUUGGUGCCACGCCUGUGGACGGAGAGUACGCUGUGGACUGCAGCAAUCUCAGCGCGAUGCCCGACGUGACCUUCACCAUCAACGGGCUCCCCUACACCCUCAGUGCCCAGGCCUACACCCUCACGGAGUACGUCGAUGGCAUGGCCUUCUGCACCAGUGGCUUCCAGGGGCUGGACAUCCCCCCUCCCGGCGGACCCCUCUGGAUUUUGGGUGAUGUUUUCAUCCGCCGGUUUUACGCUGUCUUUGAUCGUGGGAAUAACAGAGUGGGGUUGGCUCCUGCUGUCCCCUAG